AUGUACGAGAAACUCCCCACAGAGGAUCCAGAGCUUCUCAACGAGAAGCAGGAUUUGUUCCAGAAACCAAGAAAGCGUUCAAACAAGCAGAGCUUGAUUGGUCUCCUUCUUAGUGCCUUCAUCCUCGUUACUGGAUUUGCAGCCUACUGUCUGUUAUCAUGCUCCACCUCAGCAAAGCCAAAACAGAAUGUCAUCUUCAUGGUCACCGACGGAAUGGGGCCUGCGUCUUUGUCGCUUGCCCGUUCCUUCAAGCAGUACAGAGAUAAGCUUGAUAUCGACGACAUUUUGGCGUUGGACUCGCUCCUCAUUGGCUCCUCCAGAACACGGUCCAACGACUCCCUUGUGACCGAUUCUGCUGCUGGUGCUACCGCGUUUUCGUGUGCCUUGAAGAGCUACAACGGAGCUAUCGGUGUUGACCCAGAGAAGAACCCCUGUGGCACCAUCUUGGAAGCGUUGAAGUUGAAGGGCUGGCACACUGGCCUUGUUGUGACCACUAGAAUCACCGACGCCACUCCAGCUGCCUUCAGCUCGCACGCAGACUACCGUUUCCAAGAAGACCUCAUUGCCCAGCACCAAUUGGGCGAGUACCCCUUGGGAAGAUCUGUUGAUCUUAUGAUUGGCGGAGGCAGAUGCCACUUUUUGCCCAGAUCCGUGGGCGGCGGCUGUAGAAACGACGAUAGAAACUUGAUUGAGGAGGCCCAGCGCAAUGGCUGGAGCUAUGCUGGUGACAGAAAGGCCUUUGACGCAUUGGACGAGGGCAGAAACGUUCAGUUGCCGCUCCUCUCUCUCUUAGCACCAACUGAUAUCCCAUUUGACAUCGACAGGGAGCCUGAAGUGUACCCAUCGUUGGCUGAGCAGGUCAAGGUGGCGCUCACCUCCUUGUCACACGCCACAAAGAACUCGAAGGAGGGUUUCUUCUUGUUGAUCGAGGGCUCUAGAAUCGACCAUGCCGGUCACCAAAACGACCCAGCCGCUCAGGUCAGAGAGGUGUUGGCGUACGACGAGGCUAUGAAGGAGGUUAUGAAGUUUGUGGAUAACACUGACACCGACACCGUAGUGAUCUCCACGUCUGACCACGAGACUGGAGGAUUGGUUACAGCCAGACAGGUCUCUGAGCUGUACCCAGACUACUUGUGGUACCCUGAGGUUUUGCUCAACAGCAGCCACUCUGGCGAGUACUUGGUGAAGAAGAUGAUGAGCAGACAGAGCGAGUUGGACGGUCCAGCAUUGGAGUCGUACAUUGCCAAGGAAAUCGUAGAACAGGACAUGGGUAUCUUGGACCACACCAAGGAGGAGAUUGAGACCGUAAAGAAGUACGCCAACGAUGCUAACAGGUUGUUGGGUGUGCUCAACAACAUGAUUUCUGUGCGUUCUCAGACCGGCUGGAGCACCCUGGGCCACUCUGCCGUGGAUGUCAACAUCUACGCUUUCUCCAACUCCAAAAGAAUCGACAAGCAGCUUUACAGAAGAGAGCCCUACGCCGGCUUGCUUGGAAACCACGAAAAUAUCGAAAUUGGCGCCUUCAUGGCCAAGCUCACAGGCGUGGAUUUGGCCAAGGUGUCUGACCUCAUUAGAGAUGUGGAGCACUCCCCUAAGGGAGCCCUCGAUGUUAGUGGUGAUAUUCACAUGAAUGCUGUACACAAACUUCAUUAA